GGGGGCGGUAACUGCAGGCCCUGAAGCCGAGGGUUGAAGUUGGGUGAGUGGGUGCGUACCAGUGACAGCAGUGAGGGAGAGCUGCGGGGCCCCUCGUCACUUCAACCAUGGCACGGCAAACGGGCAGAGACCCGGGCCUGAAGGAGAAGAUGAAGAUAUUUCUGGGGUUAGGGCCUUCACGUCCCAAAUCCAAACAUUCCGACAGGCUGCCGGAGUACAUCAUCACUUCCGAGCUGCUGAAGGAACUGAGCCCUGAUAGCGCCCUAAGCAUUCGGGUCCGUGCAAUGAAUCAUAUCUGUGAACUGGCAAAAACCAAGAAGUUUGAAGCCCACGCCGUGGAAGCGAUCUUGGUGGCGGUGAUGGAUCUGUUGCAGCCAGACCAGCCAGCUGAGGGCAGACUCAAUGUUCUGAAUUUGUUGAAGAGUCUUGUCAUUGGACAGGGUGAAAGGCUUGGGUUCCUCCGUGCACAUUUUUUUCGGGUUAUAAAAGAUUACCCCAGCAACGUGGACCUUGUGGAGAGGCUGGAGGUCUUCAAAGCCCUUACUGAUAAUGGCCGGGACAUCACCUAUUUGGAAGAGGAGCUGGCUGCAUUUGUCCUGCAGUGGAUGGAGGUGGGCCUAUCCCCAGAUUUCCUCAUGGUCCUGGUGAAUCUGGUGAAGUUUCACAGCUGUUACCUGGAACGUUACAUUGCUCCUAUGGUGCAAAUGAUUUGUCUGCUUUGUAAUCGGACUACAUCUUCCUAUGACAUCGAGGUGUCGUUAAAGGUUCUGGACGCCGUUGUGUGUUACAACUGUCUGCCGUCUGAGAGCAUCCCAACAUUCGUCAUCACACUGUGCCGAACAAUUAAUGUCAAAGAGCUGUGCGAGCCCUGCUGGAAGCUGAUGCGAAACCUUUUGGGAACACACCUUGGUCACAGCGCUAUUUAUACCAUGAGCCGCAUCAUGGAGGACAAGGUGUAUUGGGAAGAUGCCCCAUUGUUGAGAGGGGCCGUCUUCUUUGUUGGGAUGGGGCUCUGGGGAGCACACAGGCUCUUCUGUCUGAAGAAUUCUCCGAUCUCUGUACUGCCAUCAUUUCUGAAGGCUAUGAAUUGCCCGAAUGCUGUGGUUUCCUAUGAGAUUGUCUUGUCCAUCACACGACUCAUAAAGAAGUAUGGGAGGGAAGUGCAGGCGGCAACGUGGGAUGUGCUCCUGGCUAUCAUCGAAAAGUUGUUUCAGCAGCUACAGGUACUUCGCAGUCAGGAGUUGAAAACUGCCGUUCACAAUUUGCUGACCGCGGUGGAGGAGCUCUAUGACCAGAGCGAUUUCCAUGGGGAUGAUGAGAGAUUUUUUGAACUGGUGGAGAGACACUCUGACGAUCAGCCUGCAGCCUCAGUAGUGAACCUCAUAACCUACAGAACUCAGUCCAUCCACCCGGGGAAGGAGGGUUGGGUACAGGAUCUGCAGAGGCUGAUGGAUAAGUACUUCAGGAUUGAAUCCCGCUGUAUAGUACGUAUGAAGGUCCUGGAUGUCCUAUCCUUUGCGUUGAGCAUCAACAGACAAUUUUUUGAGGAGGAGCUCAUAGAGAAGGUGGUGACCUGCCAGCUGGCACAUAUCCCGGAGGAUAAAGAUCACCAAGUCCGAAAGCUGGCCACACAGCUCCUGGUUGACUUGGCAGAAUGCUGCCACUCUUGUCAUUUCAACAGUUUGAUGGAUAUCAUUGAGAGGGUGGUGACCCGAUCCCUGUCUGUUUCUGCGGACUCCCCUGGACAGGAUGCAUCAUCUUUGGAAGAUGUCAAAACCUCUGUGUUUGGCCUGAUGGUCAUCCUGCAGACCAAGCUAUACAUCCUCCCUGCCAGCCAUGCGACGCGUGUGUACGAAAUGCUGGUCAACCACAUCCAGCUGCACUACAGGAACCUGUACAGCUCUCCCAUCGCCAGCAUCAUCAGACUACAGGUGUUUGACUUCUUCUUGCUCCUGCGGGCGGACGCUCUGAAGCGCAUCGGUCUCCCCAAUAAAGAUGGAGCUGUGAGGUUCAGCCCGUACUGCUUGUGUGAGUUUGUGAGCGAGCCUGAGAAGAGGCCACCAGAGCGGAAGCCAGCCGGCACUCUGUCUCCCCCCUCUGGCAGCCCCAGCCUUUCCUCCCAGGGAGUCUGUCCUCGAUUGGGCUACCUGCCUUUUUCUCUGGCUUUUGGUGUCAUUCUGCAAUGUUUAAAGCAGGAAACAGACUGGAAAGUCCUCAAACUGGUUCUCAAUAAACUGCCUGAGUGUCUUCGAUACAAACUGCUCAUCCUGUCCUCUCCCUGUAACAUUGAUCAGCUUUCUGCAUCUCUCUGUACCAUGCUCUCAGACCGAAGUGCGAGUGAACGCUUGUAUAAUACUCCAGAAGGUUUCUCUCGUACUGAACUGCAGCUGGCUGUGGUUCCUGUACUGACUGCAUUGACCUCAUAUCAUCAAUAUCUGGAUGUUGGCAAACAGAAGGAAAUGGUUCGCUGCCUGGAGACUGGCCUCAUCUACCGCUGUGCCAAGCAGUGUGUGGUCGCCCUGUCCAUGUGCAUGGUAGAGAUGCCAGGGAUACUGAUCAAGUCCCUUCCAGUGCUCAUUGUGAAGCUAACGCACAUUUCUGCCACUGUCACCAUGGCUAUCCCCAUGCUGGAGUUCCUGUCCACUCUGGUUCGCUUGCCCCACCUAUAUGGGAACUUUGCUGCAGAGCAGUACGCAAGCGUGUUUGCUAUUUCUCUGCCAUACACCAAUCCUUCAAAGUUUAAUCAGUACAUUGUGUUCCUGGCCCACCAUGUCAUUGCUAUGUGGUUCAUCCGAUGCAGACUGGCAUUGAGGAAAGAUUUUGUGCCUUACAUAACAAAGGGUCUACGCUCCAAUGUUCUGCAGAGCUUUGACGACACUCCUGAGAAAGGGAGCUUCAGAGCCCGCAGCACCAGCCUGAAUGAGAGGCCUAAAAGCUUGAAGCUAUCCAAACCCUCUAAGCCGGGGUUGAGUGACUCGUCCCCCGUGAAGGAGAUGAGAGACCUCUCGAACGCCUUUCGCUCUCGCAGCAUCAGUGUGUCGGAGCGUGCUGCGUACAGUCGAAUGCAGCCCUCAGUGACCAGCUCUAGCCUAAGCUCUGCUGAUGAAAGCUCAAUGGCCCAGGCAGACGACAGCCUGAAGAACCUUCAUCUGGAACUAACCGAGAUCUGCCUAGAUAUGAUGGCCAGAUAUGUGUUCUCUAACUUCACAGCCGUUCCUAAAAGGUCACCGGUUGGUGAGUUUCUGCUGGAUGGCGGAAGAACGAAGACCUGGCUUGUCGGGAACAAGCUGAUAACUGUGACAACUAGUGUAGGGAGGGGAACACGAUCACUUCUAGGGUUAGAUACCGGGGAGGUUCCAAAGGAGGGAGAGUCGGAAUUUAGCUCACCUAUGCAAUCUGAGCAAACCAAAGAAGCUGCAACAAAGAUCGACCUGCAGGCGAGAAAGUCGGGUAUGCAAACGCCGCGUCACAGAGUCCGCUCCAUGUCUGGUGGACACGGCCUACGGGCUGGAUCAGACGGCGGAUCCCUGUCCUCUCCUGGUGGAGGAAGCAGAGGAGAUAAAGUCCCUCGCAGGCCUCAGGUUAAGAAGGAGAAAGCCACACUGGCUGAUUUUGUUCCGGUGCUAACCCAAGGCUGGGCGGAAAUACUUGUGCGUAGACCUACCGGUAAUACUAGCUGGCUGAUGAGCUUGGAGAACCCACUGAGUCCAUUUUCAUCGGAUAUUAACAACAUGCCUCUCCAGGAAUUAUCCAAUGCCCUUAUGGCAGCAGAGAGGUUCAAAGAGCACAGAGAGACGGCUCUCUACAAAUCCCUCUCCAUGCCCGCCUCCUCACUGAGCGGAGCCACGUGCAAAACAACCCUGCUGCAGAGAUCCAACACGGUGGCCUCUGUUGCUCCCAUCCUCCCUUCCAGUGGUCAAGGAAAGCUGCUUAGGAGCAUAUCCUGGGCAGAGUCGUCUGUGCUCCCGGAGGAAGGCUCGCCAACGGAAGUGGAGGUAGACAUGGCCUCUCCUGCUGGGUCCCAGGAGCUGGAUGACUUUGAGGCUGUGGCCAAUGAUGACACACCAAGCGAAGACAAAACAGACAAGAAGACUGAAGGAAUCAGCAGGUCCUCCUCCACCUCCAGUCAGGAAUUGUCCACCCAACAAUCGGAAGAGUCAGAACUUGGCGGAAUCCCCAUCGAAGGGUCAACUAGGGAGAUUCCUUUCCAGCCCUCGCAGACACUGAGCAAGUCCAGCUCCUCCCCAGAACUGCAGACCUUGCAGGAGCUGCCUAAGGAACCCGAGGCCAAAGAGAAUGUCAGUACACCAACACCAGAAGCUAAGCCUGUGCCGCAGACCCCCAUCUCAGAGCCACCUAUCAUCCAGACUGCCAGAGCAGAGGAAGAAAGCGCUAAACCAGAAGCUGGAAGCAGGCUUGAACCAGGGGUGUCACCACAAACUCCCCAAUCUCCAAGCGGAUACCGUCCCAGGGGCCACACCAUUUCUGACUCUGAACCCUCCAGGCGGGGAAGGAGGAUCAACAUUGAUGCUUUCAAGAACAGCACAAAGGCCAGCAAAGCGGACAAAGUUCCUGGAAUAGACCCAAGCUUUGUGUUUUUACAGUUGUACCAUUCUCCCUUCUUUGGGGAUGAAUCCAACAAGCCCAUCCUGGUCCCAAACACUCAGACAUUUGAAAGGACAAUGAAGCUGCUUGAUCAGAUCCCAUCCUAUGACACCCACAAAAUCGGAGUCCUGUAUGUCGGGGAAGGACAGGUGGGCAUAGAGAGGGCGAUUCUGUCCAAUGAGCACGGCUCCUACAGAUACACACAGUUCCUGACUGGUUUGGGAAAACUGAUCGAGUUAAAGGACACUCAGCCUGAUAAGAUCUUCCUAGGUGGUCUGGACGGGUGUGGAGACGACGGUCAGUUCACCUACUGCUGGCAUGAUGACAUCAUGCAAGUCAUUUUCCAGAUCACCACCCUGAUGCCCAAUAAAGAGAUUGAUCCUUACCGCUGCAACAAGAAGAGACAUGUUGGAAACAACUUUGUAAACAUAGUGUACAAUGAUUCUGGAGAGUUCUAUAAGCUAGGCACUCUAAAGGGUCAGUUUAACUUUGUGGAUGUGAACAUUCAGCCCCUAGACUGUGAAAGUAACCUGGUGACCCUGCAAUGCCGAAAAGAUAUGGAAGGUCUGGUUGAUAUCUCUGUAGCCAAAAUCGUGUCGGAUAAAAACCUUCCCUUUUUGGCCCGCCAGAUGGCUCUUCACUCAAACAUGGCAUCACAGGUGCACCACAGUAGAUCCAACCCCACAGACAUCUACCCUUCCAAGUGGAUUGCCAGGCUGCGGCACAUUAAGAAGAUGAGACCCAAGAUCCAUGACGAGCUGCUGGAAAUGAGUGCCAAUAUGCCUUAUUCAAUCCACAACCUCUCCAACAAACCCCCUCCACAGAAUCCUCCAUCAGCAAGCGGCUCGUUCGAAACCGGUCAGCGGACACGGCUGAUAUCCGCUGUGGAUGACUUCACGGAGUUUGCGUAGAGGAGGCGUGGAGGUGCUGGACUGUCUGAAUGGUACACCCCCAAGGCCUUGACAGGAGCAGGCUGGAAGUACAGACUAUAAUACGCUGAACACUAAACCUAACGCGCCGCAUGUAGCAAGAACACAGCUCAAUGUUGUAGAAGAGACUCUGAAUUAAAUUAUUUUCAGUACUGGAAUGGAACUCUAAUUUAUUAAAGACUUCUUCAUCAAAGGACAGGAAACCAUUCGUUUGAAGACGUCUCUUUCUUUGGACACAUACAGUAUGUGACUACUUUUGCUUACAAAUUGUUUUCUGCACAAUUAUAAAAUAAAGUUUAAAAAAACAGUAUCUUU